AUUUAAACCACCACCACAACUCAACUACCGCUCUCUCUCUCUUCCAUCCUUUCCUUCUCUUCUGCUUCUUCUUCUUCUGGGUGCUGUCGGUGUUGCUCUCUCUCUCUCCCUCUCCGUCUCUCUCAGAUCCGCCUGCUCGUUUUGCUGUUCUUCUGCCGCUUGGUCCCUCAGAUCUCACAAAUCCGGAUCAUUCACGGAUUUUCAGGGCUUCAGGCGCUGUAAUUUGUUCGCGAGUUUGGUAGUAGUGGAACGAUUUGGGGUUCUUGGAUCCCGUUUUAGCCUGUUGGGGGAGAAUUUCUGAGGAGAGCGAGAGAGGGGUUUCUCAGUUCGACUUCGAUUAGCUUCGGAAGAGGAAGGAGAGAAGAAAGAAUCGAGUAAUUUGAAUCUUUCUCUGAUUCAAAUCUUUGCUCAUUCGGGGAAAUUGGUAAUUCUCUGUUGCCGGCGCCCGCAUCAAGGGUUUUGGGUUUUCUUUAUACGGAAGAAGGUUUUUUUAAAAGAUGCAGCAAGACCACCCCAAGAAGGAUUUGAAAGAGAUGGAGUUUUUCACAGAGUAUGGUGAUGCCAAUAGAUAUAAAAUUUUGGAGGUCAUUGGCAAAGGAAGCUAUGGUGUUGUUUGUGCAGCAAUAGAUACUCAUACAGGGGAAAAAGUGGCAAUAAAGAAGAUACAUGAUGUUUUCGAGCACAUCUCUGAUGCUAUCCGAAUAUUGAGAGAAGUCAAGUUGCUUAGGCUGCUAAGGCACCCUGACAUUGUUGAGAUUAAGCGGAUUAUGCUACCACCUUCCAAGCGGGAAUUCAGAGACAUUUUUGUUGUUUUUGAGCUCAUGGAGUCUGAUCUUCAUCAAGUCAUCAAAGCUAAUGACGACUUGACGCGUGAACAUCACCAAUUUUUCCUUUAUCAAAUGCUUCGUGCAUUGAAGUAUAUGCAUACAGCGAAUGUGUACCAUAGAGAUCUCAAACCCAAGAAUAUACUGGCAAAUGCAAAUUGCAAACUCAAAAUCUGCGACUUUGGGUUAGCACGAGUUGCAUUUAGUGAUACGCCAACGACAGUUUUUUGGACGGACUAUGUGGCCACCAGAUGGUAUAGAGCUCCUGAGCUGUGUGGGUCUUUCUUUUCUAAGGUUUGUUUCUUUAAGAGUUAUACCCCCGCAAUUGAUAUUUGGGGCAUCGGUUGCAUCUUUGCCGAGGUGUUGACAGGGAAGCCAUUGUUCCCUGGUAAAAGUGUAGUCCACCAAUUGGACAUAAUCACCGAUCUUCUUGGGACUCCGGCACAAGAUACCAUUUCCGGGGUGAGAAACGAUAAAGCUCGGAAGUAUUUAACUGAGAUGAGGAAGAAACAGCCUGUCCCGUUUGCACAAAAGUUCCCCACUGCAGAUCCCUUAGCACUAAGACUUCUCCAAAGGCUCCUAGCUUUCGAUCCAAAGGAUCGACCAACUGCGGAGGAGGCACUUGCGGAUCCUUACUUUAGGGGCCUAUCGAAAAUCGAGAGAGAGCCUUCUUGUCAGCCGAUAUCUAAGUUGGAGUUCGAGUUUGAAAGGAGAAGGAUAACGAAGGAUGACAUCAGGGAGCUACUUUACCGGGAGAUACUUGAGUAUCAUCCGCAGUUGUUGAAAGACUACAUGAGUGGGAAUGAAGGCACAAACUUCCUCUAUCCUAGUGCGAUAGGUCACUUCAGAAAGCAGUUUGCAUAUCUUGAAGAAAAUAGUGGUCGUAGUGCACCAGUUAUUCCUCUAGAGAGGAAGCACGUUUCUCUCCCUCGGCCCACAAUUCAUUCUACGUCGUCAAUGUCUCAUAACAUCCCGACUUCAACUUCAGUUGACAACCAUCAAGUAACAGAUGAAGUUUCCAAAAACUUCAGGGGGGCUGACGGUGUGGCUGGGAGUGCUUCUAGGACUUCGCGGCCUCCACCUAGAGUGCCAACAGUGAGCGCAGCAAAGCCUGGUAGAGUCAUAGGAUCAGUUGUACCAUGUGACAGUACUAGAAACCUCGUCACAGACGUCUACGACGCGAGGAGUCUGUACAGAAACAGUACCACAGUGUCGCCACCAUGCUUCUUCAGGACCACCACGAACUCCACCACAACGACGAAAGACAAACCCUCCUUGAUGGACGCCGACCACCACCACACAACGUCACAAGCCAGGCCGCAGCAACCUCUUCAUCAGCCGCACAACAUGAUGAUGUCAGCUUCCACGAUGGGGAAGCCGAUGGUUCCUGCAGGAACAAUGGCAACGGAUAUGAACAACACGAACCCGUACUACCACCACCACCACCACCAGCAGCAGCAGCAACAAGCCAGGGUGUCUGUGGAGCAUCAGCAGCAGCAGAUGAACGAGCGUAUGGCCAUUGACGCUAAACUGAUCCAGGCCCAGUCUCAUUACGGCCCUGCUGGUGCGGCAGCCAUUGCUGUGGCGGCUCAUCGGAAUGUGGGGACGGUGCAUUAUGGGAUGUCUUAGAUGGGGGGAAGGAGAGGAAGGAGGGAGAGAAAAGGGAGGAGGGAGAGUUUAUUGGUGUGAUUUCAUGCCCCCUGUUGUAUGUAUUGUUUACAUCCUGAUGUAAUUAGACCAUUCUUACUACCAAGUUCUGAUUUGCCAAUGGAAUAAUGACGACAUUGAUAGACUUAAUUCUAUUGGCUUUCUAAACAAGAGCCUCGUCCCCAUUGCUUCGCUUUAACAC